GAUAUAUUCGAUUCGCGAGGUUUCGCGCGUGAACGCCGUGGCAACCACCGUCGUAUCUGGUGAGAAAUAAAACGGGCAAACAUUCGUUUCUUUGCCAGCGAUCGAUCAUGAACAUCGAGGGUAAGAUCGCGCUUGUCACCGGCGGGGCGAACGGAAUCGGCUUCUGCGCCGCCCGAAAACUCCUUCGAAACGGAGCGAAGACGGUAGCUCUGUUGGAUCUGAACGAUUCCGGUGGUGAGAGCGCAGCCGCUGAAUUGAACAACGAGUUUGGCAAAGACCGCGCUAUCUUUAUCGCCUGCGAUGUGUCAAAGAGCGAAAAACUUAAAGAAUCGUUCAAAAAAGUUAUCGACAUGUACGAGACACUAGAUAUUCUCGUCAACAUCGCGGGCAUUAUGGACGACGCGGAUUGGGAAAUAAUGGUCGAUGUCAACUACAAAGGCAUUGUUCAUGGAACUAUCUUGGGAUUACAUAUUAUGGGGAAGUACAAGGGUGGCAAUGGUGGAGUCAUCGUAAACAUGUCCUCUGUAGCUGGCCUCGAGGGCAUUCCUAUAGCGCCAAUUUAUGGCGGAACGCAGUACGCCAUUGUUGGUUUCACUCAGUCGUUGAAGCAUUAUUAUGAGAAAACUGGUAUCCGUAUGCUGACGAUAUGCCCUGGAUUAACGACCACAGCUAUGGCUGCCAGAUUUAUGUCCUCCAAAGAACACGCUAUGGAUCUUCUCGACGAAGAAACCGCGGCUAUGGCAAUGGCCACCAUGCAGAAACAACCGCCAGAACAUGUAGCCACUGCUAUUAUCCAAUUAAUCGAACACGGGAAGAACGGCGCCAUUUACGUCAUCGAAAACAAUCAACCUGCAUACGCGAUCGAAAUUCCUAGUUAUAGCGCCUUAAAAGUCCCUAUAUAAACAUUAAUGUAACCAGAGGGACAAACCUAGUUAAAAUAUUAUCAAUUAAAUAUUAAUUUCACUUAUGAAUAGCAAAAAUCGGUUGAAUUCGAUUGCUGUAUCUUUCCUUUUUCAUUCAAAAUUUAUAUUAAUAAUAUUUUCGUUAUAUAUAUUUAUUUGUUAAGCAAAAUAAUUAAGUUGAAACUUUACCGAUAUUUGAAUGAUUUGGAAACGCGCGUUUCUUGCCCGCCAUCUUUGUGACAUCACGAUUCUCUAUAUAUGGUGUACGCUCAUGUACAUAUAUGACCAUACUCUGAUAUGUAGUUAUGUAUGUAAAUUAAGUUAAAAAAAUCCAAGUCUAGCGCCGUUAUAUACGUAAGUUCAGUACGUGUUUCUCUUUAAUUUCUAAUUUUGUUUGUAAUUUUCUUCUUCAUUAACGUUUAAGGAAAGAAAAUAUACAUUGAUAAUUAUUGUUUACUGAAUCCCUUAACAUAAUCAGUUCAAUAUGUACAGCAAUCGAGUCAUAAUUCACUUAGAUAUUUCAUAUUUACUAUUUUGUAAGUGUUAUUAUUUGAUUAUGUAUAUAAUAUUUAUGCACGUUCGUAUUAUUGGAUAUGUAAUUGAAAGAAUAUAAUCUAGGUAAAGAAUUAUUUUACCUAGCAAAUAGUAUAACGAGUACUAUAAAUGCUUUGGAUGUUUUAUAUAUCUUUGCAUAUUAUGCGAACUCUGUACGUAUAUUUUCUUUUCUCUUAAUUUUCUAUAAUUUAAGAAGUGAACUAAUCAUACAUUCUGGUAUUAAGACACGCGUGAUUUCCAUAAUUUAUUAUAUUUUAAAUACUCCUAUCUCUGUUGCAAGCAGAAAGCAGACGCUAGACAAAAUUUUUGGGAUUCCCCCUCUUAAUAUUAAAAUAUAAAAUACGACAAUGUAAAUUGUCUGAAACAGCGUUUCAGGCGAAAUGUUUCGUUGCUGAAAAUUUAUAAUAAAUCUCACUGUUCAAUACAAAAUUAUAGUUAAAAGGAUAAUAAAUGUAAUCUAUGUUAA